AUGUGUGUCUGGAGAAACUCCUCAUAUGAAUUAGACUCAUUUGCACCAUCAAUUUUACACAAAUUAGCAGUAGAGGAGUUACCAAUUCAUUUAUUAGCUGCAUAUGUUAUAAUCUUCAAGCCUCCGCCCACAAUGAAAUCGGUGAAAAGAAUGAUGCUGUUGAUGCUUUUGUGUGGCGCCUAUCUGGAUCUAUUUAUCAGUGCCCUCUCCAAUCAAUAUUACGUACUUCCUGCUGCUGCUGGACAUACACAAGGUCUUUAUACUUAUCUUGGAAUGCCCAUUAAGUGGCAAAACUAUAUGUACGUGAGCGGUCUAUGUCUAGCUGGAGUGUCUAUUCUGGGAUUUUUUGAAAAUCGAUUCACCGCUGUGCUGUCGCUCUCGCCUUUAUGUAUGCAAUCGGGCGGCGGCUUCCUCUUUGCCCUCGUGGCUCAGUCGGUAGCGGCGCCGCACCCUCAAUCCUCACCCCCACAAGUUCAACUCCUCGAGCGGUAUAUUUAA